CAGGAAACUCCUGGCGGAAGCUGCGCCGGCUUGACAGCAAGGUCUGUGUCCGGCUGCCCCUGCCUGCUCCUCCGCCCGCUUCGCCUCCCCGCGCCUUACCGGCGAGGUCGCCUCUUCCUUAUGUUCCGGGCCCGGAGUCCGGGCAGCAGAGACCCGCCCGCCGGCUCCUCGCCAUGUCCGAAGUGACCAGAGAGCUACUGGAGCUGGUAUGGGGCAGCAAGAGCAGCCCCGGGCUCUCGGACACCAUCUUCUGCCGCUGGACGCAAGGGUUUGUGUUUAGUGAAUCAGAGGGAUCUGCAUUAGAACAGUUUGAAGGUGGCCCCUGUGCUGUUAUUGCACCUGUUCAGGCAUUUCUUUUGAAGAAGCUUCUGUUUUCCUCUGAGAAGUCGUCAUGGCGGGAUUGCUCAGAGGAAGAGCAGAAGGAACUCCUUUGUCACACCCUAUAUGAUAUCUUAGAAAGUGCUUGUGAUAGCUCUGGAUCCUACUGCUUGGUUUCAUGGCUACAAGGAAGGACCACUGAGGAGACAGCUGGGAGUCCCGGGAGCCCUGCAGAGUCUAGUUGCCAAGUGGGACAUUCUUCUGCCUUGGCUGUCGAAGAGCUUGGCUUUGAGCGAUUUCAUGCAUUAAUUCAAAAAAGAUCAUUCAGAACUGUAUCAGAAUUAAAAGAUGCUGUCUUGGACCAGUAUUCAAUGUGGGGAAACAAAUUUGGAGUAUUGCUUUUUCUCUAUUCUGUGUUACUGACUAAGGGCAUUGAAAACAUAAAAAAUGAAAUUGAAGAUGCAAGUGAACCUUUGAUAGAUCCUGUGUAUGGGCAUGGCAGCCAAAGCUUAAUUAACCUCCUAUUGACUGGGCAUGCUGUGUCUAAUGUAUGGGAUGGUGAUAGAGAAUGCUCAGGAAUGAAACUUCUUGGUAUCCGUGAACAAGCAGCAGUAGGAUUCUUAACAUUAAUGGAAGCUUUACGAUACUGUAAGGUUGGUUCUUACUUGAAAUCGCCAAAAUUCCCAAUUUGGAUUGUUGGCAGUGAAACUCACCUCACCGUAUUUUUUGCUAAGGAUAUGGCUUUAGUUGCCCCAGAGGCUCCUUCUGAACAAGCCAGAAGGGUUUUCCAAACCUAUGAUCCAGAAGAUAAUGGAUUCAUUGCUGACUCCCUUCUAGAAGAUGUAAUGAAAGCCUUGGACCUGGUUUCAGACCCUGAGUAUAUAAAUCUCAUGAAGAAUAAGUUAGAUCCAGAAGGAUUAGGAAUCAUAUUAUUGGGUCCAUUUCUUCAAGAAUUUUUUCCUGAUCAGGGCUCCAGUGGUCCAGAAUCUUUUACUGUCUACCACUACAAUGGAUUGAAGCAAUCAAAUUAUAAUGAAAAGGUAAUGUAUGUGGAAGGGACUGCAGUGGUUAUGGGUUUUGAAGACCCCAUGCUACAGACAGAUGACACUCCUAUUAAACGCUGUCUCCAAACCAAAUGGCCGUACAUCGAGUUGCUGUGGACCACAGAUCGAUCUCCUUCACUCAAUUGAGUUGCCUAAGUAUUUAUAAGGAAAAUUGUAAUAGGUGUUGAAAAGAGACUCCUGACUGGCUAAAUUAAGCUAAACACUGGUAUCAUUGACUAACUGUAAAUAAUAAUUAAAAACAUAUUUUCAGUGUUUAAAAUAUGUUUAAAUUAUUUGUUCUAAAGCUUUAUGUUAAAAGUUAUCCUAUUUUAACCCUGUGAAAUUCACUAGCAAAAUUAAGUUUUAAUCAAAGUUCAUCACUUUUGCAGUCAGAUAAUUGGUUGUUAAUGUAUCAAAUUAUAAACAUGAUAGCAUUUUUAUAAUGAAAAUCAGUCUCUACAAACUAUUUAGAGUUUUAUUUCAUUCAGGACCAUUUUACUGAGGUUUUAUUAACAGCCUCCAUACAAAUACAGGAAUUUUUGUUUUUUGUUUUUCAUUUCUAAGACUAUUUUGCUCUAAGACAUUUUUGUUUUUCAUUUCUUUCAUUUGAAAGACUGAUAAAUAACAAAUUAUCAUCCCAGGUCCUUUGGCAACUGACUUAACUCUGGCAUGUUUCCAAAAAGUAGUAAGUAUAUGGGAACUUCCCAUUUGUUCACAGGUGUGUAGGGUUGUAUUUUUUAAAAUGAUAGAAAAGAGAAGCUGUUUGAUAGUCUUAACACUGUAACUUUCACUGUAUUGCCACAUACACUUCCCCACAUUGGUCCCUGCCAGCCAGCCUUCUAGUUAACGUGUGCUAAAUGCAUGAGAACAUCUGUUGUCGCACUAGUAUAUUGAAUUAUUUAUUCUGACCCCAGUUGAUACCAUAAAUAAAGACCUUUUUCUUUAACUCUG